AUGUCCUCGGGAAGUGCUCUCCAAAAGACUGCUGUAGACGGCGUGAUAUUGCGUCCGGGAACUGUUGAUGAUGUCCCUGCCAUGUUGAGGCUCAUGGACAUCGCGACGGAUUGGCUUGUGAAGAGAGGGCAGACUCAACAAUGGGGUACGGGUGCCGAAAGACAUUCAGAAAACCCCCGAAGGAUCAAGCAGGCAACAGAGUUCACGGAAUCAGGCGGCACAUGGAUUGCGGUGGACACCAACUCAUUGUCCUCGAGGACAGAAGAUGGUUCGUCUGGCGGCGGGGUGGAAAGCUCACACCAGUCCACAUCCAAGUCUGGAGGAGAAAAUGAGCCGCUUUCUAUCAUCAAUGGCGUUGUAGGCGCUAUAUCAGUUGGUGAAGCGCAUUCAUACGUUCAGCCAGCGACCGAACCAGAGCUAUAUGUUCAGUUUCUCGCAACGGAUCGGGCCUCUAGCGGCAAAGGAAUCGGCACUCUUCUGCUGGAGCAAGCACGCACACUGGCUCGUAAGGCUGGCGUUUCCCUACUUCGAGUCGAUUGUUAUGCCGGUGGUAGUGGGGGGCUAGUUCGGUACUAUGAGUCCCAAGGAUUCGAAAGGAUGGAGACUUUUGAGAUCAACGGGUGGCCAGGGCAGGUCCUCAUACAGAGGUUAGACAAAGAAGACCAACUAGAGAACUAG